UUGAUUUAGUUAAUGAACGCGUACAGCGUUUUCGAAAAUUCAAUUGCGCGUUGCGCGAACGCGACGCGCAAGUGUGCGCGCACCCGCGUGAAUUCACGGGCUCGUUUUACCUCAACCCCGGUUGACACCCGACGUUUAAAUAGUUUCUUGUGUGACAUUUUCAAGACACAACGCUAAAAUAAAGCCGGGAGCCGCGGGGCUGCGGAGCUCCGACCGAAACGCGUCCCGUUUUACGCGGCUUCACCCACAUGAACUGAGAUGUGCCAUCAGCUGGCGGUGACACGGACGCACCGCUCACCACUCCUCAUCAUCCCUCCCUUCAAACCCUCUCACUGCCAUCUCCCGACAUCAGCCGAAUGAGGGGACUGGGAAAGAACAAGCAAGUGAGUGAAAGAAAGAAAUAAGCAGGGAGCGGUGCUCCAUGGUCACUCGCCCAUCGGAAGCUCGAGAGCGCAUUUUGGAUUCGACUUUUUUCUUGGAGGGGACUUGAGAGGAAGAAACGAGCGUUUGUUGGCGUGCCAAAGGCGAACAGCCAUGCACCUGAAUCGGGAGGACGAGGACGGAAAAGGUUCUUUGUCUCUGAGCGUGUUCCUGGUAUCGGUGGGUUUAACGGUGUGUGUCGUGUGGCUGGUGGCGCUAUGCGGCGUCUGUGGAUGGUGCCAACGCAAACUGGGGAUGAGGAAUAAGCCGGGGGUGGAGGCAGCGGGGACCCCGGACUCGGUGUCUGUGUCUGGGAGAGGACGAGGAGAAAAUAAAGCCAUCAAUGAUCUGGACAGGGACUUCUGGAAUAACAACGACAGCAGCUCGGUUCAGCAGCGCUGGAGCUCCUAUCCGCCCAAAGAGUUCCUCCUCAACAUGUCCCCCUACGCCCCUUACGGAGACCCUCGCCUCACGCCCAACGGAUCGCUGGAGAAGGGGGCGUGGGUGGGGGGCGUGGGGGGUCCCAGUCGCAGUGACAGCUGCAUAGGAGCAGGGACCAGCAGGUCCGGGAGGUGGCACACGGUCCAGAGCCACCUGCACUCCGGCAGCUUGAGACCCAGCAAUUUUGGGAACCCCUCUCUUUCCACCACCUCCACCUUGGAGCAUAUCCCGUCCUCAGCAGCCCGCCCCAGGCCCCUGGUCAGGCAGCAAAGCCUCCAGCAGCCCCUUACCCACCAGCCCCCGCCAGGCCCCAACGACCCCCCAGCCACCUCCCAGAGUCUGGGCCAACUGCACACUGGGCCCGGGGGUGGGGGCCACCGGGGGGGCCCGCGGGGGGUGCGUGGUAGCCCGGCUGGGGCAGGGGCGUCCCGCUACAGGUCGGGUGGAGGGGCACGAUCGCGUUCCAACCCUGGAAGCUGGGACCACAUGAUGGGACAGAUCCGGACCAGAGGCAUGGACGUCAAGUCAUUCCUAGAGGGGAAGAUGGUGGUGCUGUCCCUCGCCAUCGGACUGGCCGAACAAGAUGACUUUGCCAACCUUCCGGAUCUACAAGAGGCACCAGCCAACAAAGAAACACCUCCCGCCGACAAAAGAUCCAAUAAACCCGGCAGCAGCCCUAAAGGUCAGACCCCAGACGAGAGCAGCCGCCGGACAGACGCUAACUCCUCCGUCUCAGACCUGGCCAACUCCGUCACCAGUGACAUGCUGAUGCUGUCCCCGGGCUCUGAGGAAGAGGAACACGAAGGACCCGUGUGUGAGAAGCUGGGACGCAUCCAGUUCAGCGUGGGAUACAGUUUUCAGGACUCCACGCUGACGGUGAAAAUCCUGAAGGGCCAGGAUUUACCUGCCAAAGAUUUCUCCGGCACUUCAGAUCCAUUCGUCAAACUCUACCUUCUGCCAGACAAGAAGCACAAACUUGAGACCAAGGUCAAAAGAAAGAAUCUCAACCCUCACUGGAACGAGACCUUCCUAUUCGAAGGGUUCCCCUUUGAGAAGGUGGUCCAGCGCACACUGUACCUGCAAGUGCUAGAUUAUGACCGUUUUAGCAGGAAUGACCCUAUAGGAGAGGUGUCCAUCCCCCUGAACAAGAUCGAUCUGGCCCACAUGCAGACCUUCUGGAAGGAGCUGAAACCCUGCAGCGAUGGCAGUGGGAGUCGAGGAGACCUGCUCGUGUCUCUGUGUUACAAUCCCACUGCCAACACCAUCACUGUGAGCAUCAUCAAGGCACGCAAUCUCAAAGCCAUGGACAUCGGGGGAACAUCCGACCCCUACGUCAAAGUGUGGCUGAUGAACAAAGAUAAGCGAGUGGAGAAGAAGAAGACGGUGGUGAUGAAGAGGUGUUUGAACCCGGUGUUUAAUGAGUCCUUCCCCUUUGACGUGCCCGCUCACGUCCUCAGAGAGACCACCAUCGUCAUCACAGUCAUGGAUAAGGACAGACUGAGCCGCAAUGAUGUCAUAGGCAAGAUCUAUCUCUCGUGGAAGAGCGGCCCAGCGGAGGUGAAGCACUGGAAAGACAUGAUGAGUCACCCGCGCACUGCCGUUGCCCAAUGGCACGCUCUCAAAGCUUGAAGGACCCGCCCACCAAAAUUUGUUUAUGGAGACCCUUCCUUUAUUCACUGCUUUUAUUUUUUUCCCACCAAAAAGAGGCUAAGCACUGCCAUGAAGACCGGGAGAGAACGUAUUGGUUAAACGGACUCGUCUUCCUUGAGAUAAAAAGUUCGACAAGUCGACCGUUCUCUGAAACGGCCGAAAACAAUCUCCCAGACGGACCCUUCUACCGCCAUGUUUGUGUCUCACCUCCCUCGCUGCCGGAGAGAUCCAGAAGGAUCGCAACCACAGUGCAAUACCUAGCUGAAGGAGGGAUGAACUCGUUGUGUGUUGGACUUCGUCACCUCUUGAUGUUUUUCUCAGAAACAAGUGUAGAAAUUCGCUGGAACUCUUCGUCGUCUGUAUGUUCUGUGGGUGCUGUUCUGUGACAGAAAAAAAGGUCUUGUUUAAAAAAAAAAAAAAAAAUAAGCAGAAGAGACGUGGAAAAA